AUGGAGGUAAUACCAGCAAAUGACAUUUUAUUUGAAGAUUUCUGCUCGAUUCUAGAACAGUUAAGCAAAAGGAAAAAACAAAAACAAGAUCAAGAUAGAAUUCUAAAUAAUUUUAUUCAUGAUUUUAGAAUAAAGGCAGGAAAAGUCACAAAUAAAAAGAAUUCAACCUUUUUUCCUAUCCUGAGGCUAUUAUUACCCGAUCGGGAUCGAGAAAGAAACCCGUACAACUUAAAGGAGACAAAACUCGGAGCUCUCUUAGUAAAAGUUUUAUCAUUAAAUAAGCAAUCGCACGAUGCGCAGGAGCUACUUAAUUUUCGGUCAGUACAGAAUAGUUGUCACGACAGCGAUUUUGCUGGUGUCGCUUAUUUCGUACUAAAGAAUAGGAUGGUGCAGAAGACAGGCGAUUUAACUGUUGGAGAUAUAAAUAAACUUCUGGACAAAGUGGCCACUACAGAAGUUGGGAAUAAAGGACCGAUUCUGGAUGGAGCAUUUAGCUAUGCCAUAAAGAACUUAACACCCGAACAACUAAAAUGGUUUCUCAGGAUAAUUCUAAAGGAUCUAAAGCUCAGUAUGGGAAUGAAUAGGAUCUUGGGCGCAUUCCACCCUGACGCGCCCGAGUUAUAUGAGAGCUGUAGUAAUUUGAAUAAGGUAUGUGAAGACCUUGGAGAGGGAGACACAAGGCCUAUAGAACUAGGUGUUCAAGUAUUCUUCGCUGUGAGUCCCAUGUUGUCUGAAAGGCUGGAUAUAACUCGAAUAGCACAAUUACUGUCUAAUAAUAAGACCUAUCAAGUUGAGGAUAAAUUUGAUGGCGAAAGGUUUCAGAUGCACAUGGAAAACGGCACUUUUGAAUAUUUUUCACGGAAGGGUUUCGUUUAUUCUAACAAUUAUGGUAAAACCUAUGACUCUGGUUUGUUGACACCCCAUUUAAAUGGGUGUUUUGAAUCCAAUGUCACAAGUUUCAUCCUUGAUGGAGAAAUGAUGGGAUGGCACAAGGAGUAUAGGUGUUUUGGCUCUAAAGGUAUGGCGUUCGAUAUAAAGAAAAUAUCCGAAAACUCAAAGUUCCAACCUUGCUUCUGUGUGUUUGAUAUUUUAUAUUACAAUGGUAAGUCCUUAAUUGGACCACAAGAAAAAGGCGGGAAAUCGUUGAAGGAGAGACUUCAGAUUUUGGAUACAUUGUUCUUCGAUGUUCCUGGAGUCAUUAUGCAUAGUGACCGCAAAGUUGUGAAAAACAGCGUUGACAUCCUAAAUGCUCUGAAUAAAGCGAUCGAAAACCAAGAUGAAGGGAUCGUAGUCAAAGACGUGGAGUCAUAUUACAUAGCUAAUCGUCGGAAUGUCGGAUGGUACAAAAUUAAACCAGAGUACACAGAAGGUACCAUGACCGAUCUAGACCUGGUGGUGAUUGGUGCUGAUGAAGCUGAGAACAAGAGACAGGGACGUGCUAAGAGCUUCCACGUCGCCUGUCUCGACCGCUCAGGACAACAAGAACGAUGGGUGGCAGUUGGUCGUGUGGCCACAGGACUAAGUUUCGAAGAACGGGAACGCGUGUGCGCUUUGCUUGAGAAAAACUGGAAGAACGCGAAGAGGAUGCCAUCGCCGCCAUCUUUAUUCUUUAAUAAGGAUAAACCAGACUUUUGGAUUAUGCCGGAACAUUCGAUUGUUCUAGAGGUCCGCGCCACAGAACUAGUCCGGAGCAGUAGUUCCGGUACAGAUUACACGCUGCGUUUUCCGCGCGUCACCAAAGUGCGUAACGACAAACCUGUAAACGAUAUACUCACUUUGGAGGAGUUUCAGAGACUUGUGGCGGAAAGAAAUGCAGUUGUCAAAUUAGGCACUAAGCGUAUAAGUGAGAAUCAAUUAGACGAAAUUACAAUUAAAGCUCGAAGAACUCGCGCGCCUAAGACCGUACAAGUAGCUGAAAAGUUCCGUUCGAAGCCGACAGGUGGCGUUGAUGUGUUAUCUAACGCACUUCUUGGAAGAGAAAUAUGCAUCUUAUCUGAAGACGAGGACUGCAAGAAGGAAGAAUUGAUAAGGAUUGUGGGGUCACAUGGUGGAAAACAUGUGGAAAAUGCUGGACCAAAAACGUGGUGCUGCGUGGCCGGAAACUUGACGUUUCGCGUUCGAAAGCUGAUUGAAAAUAAGAAAUAUGAUGUAAUAAGUACGUCCUGGUUGCGUUCGCUUCCCGUCUCAACGAAUCCAUGUUCUCUUUCCCCCCUGGACAUGCUAUCCAUCAAGCCCGAAACCAAAUCGAAGCUAAGCGUCGAUUAUGACUGUUUCGGCGACAGCUACAGGGGACUACUCGACGAGGAGACGCUAAAGAAAUGUUUAAAGAAAAUGGAUAAAGAGGAUCCAAUAUACCUCACGAAAUCGGAAAUGCUAUAUCUGGAUGGAAAGCUUUUCGGCGAGAACAAUCCAUUUUCUUUCUUGCGGCGUUGCUCCAUAUAUUUUCUCGAAGCAUCCUAUCGUUCCACCAUAGCAAAGAUGUAUGGCGCUGAAAUCUGUGACGCCAGUGAAAACGUGACACAUAUACUAGUCCCAAGUGAUAAUAAGAAAGAAAUACAAAAUGUAAGCAAUGCCAAAGUAGUUUUUGAAGAAUGGUUAGACAAAUGUUUUGAACUGAAGGAAUUGAUAUCAGAAACUGAGUUUUUAGUUGAUUAA